UGUAUAAAGCAAAAUAGUCUAAUUAGUGGACAGCUCACAUUUGUGCAUGAAUUUACAUUCCAAGGAAUUCGUGCUUUCAGUCUUAAUGUUCCAAGAAAUCAACAAGUAGAAGUGUUUGUGGAUGGAAAUCCAGUAAAGAUUGACCAAGGAAGUGCCGUUAUUCAAGCCUGUGAAAAAGCUGGUUAUACGAUACCUCGCUUUUGUUAUCAUGAGCGGCUAUCUGUUGCUGGUAAUUGUCGAAUGUGUCUUGUUGAAUUAGAGAGGUCACCAAAACCUAUUGCCUCGUGCGCAAUGCCUGUAAUGCCUGGGAUGAAGAUUAAAACUGAUACUCCACUAGUAAAAAAAGCUCGUGAAGGUGUCAUGGAAUUCCUCCUGGCAAAUCAUCCGCUGGACUGUCCGAUAUGCGACCAAGGUGGUGAAUGCGAUUUGCAAGAUCAAUCAGUAAGAGACGGUAGUGACCGAGGUAGCUUUCAUGAAAUGACCGGAAAACGAGCAGUGGAAGACAAAAAUCUUGGACCUUUAAUAAAGACAUCCAUGAAUAGAUGUAUUCAUUGUACACGUUGCGUACGGUUUGCUAAUGAAGUCGCUGGUGUUCCUGAAUUAGGCUCAACCGGCAGGGGCAGUGAAAUGCAAAUAAGCACGUAUAUUGAACGUACAUUGGACUCCGAAAUGUCAGCCAAUGUCAUUGAUUUAUGUCCUGUUGGCGCUUUAACUGCCAAACCCUAUGCAUUUUCAUAUCGUUCUUGGGAAUUGAAAGGUACUGAAACAAUUGAUGUCCUAGACGCUAUCGGUAGCAAUAUUAGAGACGAUUCCCGCGGAGUGGAGGUCAUGCGCGUUCUGCCUAGAAUUAACGAUGAAGUAAAUGAAGAAUGGAUUUCUGAUAAAACGAGAUUUGCAUUUGAUGGACUUAAAAGACAGCGACUUACUACACCAUUGGUUAGACAAGGAGAUAAAUUUAUUCCUGUAACAUGGGAAGAAGCAUUGUCACGUGUGGCAAAAGAAAUUCAUAAAGUUUCAAAGACCGAAGCUAAAGCGAUUGCUGGACAACUUGUAGAUGUAGAAAGUUUAAUCGCGCUCAAGGAUCUGUUCAACAGCUUUGGUAGUGAUAAUUUCGCUCUUGAUAGUCCUAAUGGCUCUAAGAUACCUAUUCAUGGUGUUGAUUUCAGAUCCAAUUACUUAUUGAACAGCAAAAUUACCGGAGUUGAAAAAGCUGACGUACUUUUAUUGGUUGGUACAAAUCCACGCCAUGAAGGUCCAAUUCUUAAUGCAAGAAUUCUAAAAAGCUAUCUAAACAAUGGUCUAGAUAUUGGACUUGUAGGUUAUGCGGCAGAUACAACUUAUGAAUACGAUCAUAUUGGCACAACCAGUAAAGCACUCGAUAGUAUACUGAAUGAUACACAUCCAUUUGCUAAAAGGAUCUCUGAAGCUCAGAGACCGUUGAUUAUAGUUGGUAGUGGAGUCCUAGACAAUCCUGAUGAAGCAUAUAUAUUCUCUGCUGUAGCUAAAAUAGUUAAUAAGCACAAAACAAAAUUUUUCCAAGAUGGAUGGAACGGAUAUAACGUACUUCAAAGGGCUGUUGGUCAUCCCGCCGCUUAUGAUAUUGGAUUUAUACCUUCUCAUGAAGCAGCCCAAACAACACCAAGAUUCAUUUACUUGUUAGGAGCAGAUGAAAUUAGACCUCAAGAUAUUCCAAAAGAUGCAUUCGUAGUAUAUCAGGGGCAUCAUGGUGAUGUAGGAGCUAGUUAUGCUGAUAUCAUUCUUCCUGGAGCAGCUUAUACAGAAAAGAGUGCUACGUAUUUAAACACCGAAGGUCGCGCACAGCUUGCUCGAGCUGUGAUACCUCCUCCAGGUGCUUCACGUGAAGAUUGGAAGAUUAUCCGUGCUUUGUCAGAAGUUGCUGGAUUCACAUUACCAUACGAUGAUCUUCCUUCUCUCCGCGAUCGCAUGAAUGACAUCGCACCACAUCUUGUCCGUUAUGGUGUAGUUGAGGACACCAGUAACUCACAAUUGGGUAUUGAACAUCUCUCGAAAUUAGCGGUAAAUUCAUCUGAUGCUAAAUUAAAUCCUAUAAUCCAAGAUUUUUAUAUGACAAACAGCAUUUCUCGAGCCAGUCAGACUAUGGCCAAGUGCUCUGUUGCCUUCACAAAAAAGAAAUCUGAACUUCAAUCACAAACAUAUAGUUAA